GUGUUUAUUGAUGUCCGGUACCGGAGUCAGAGGUUGUAAUUUUGAAAUGAGUAAUAAAAACAAAUAGAAAUGAGCGAAUUUAAGAUUCAUCAUCACGUUAGUGAAUUGGUACGUUUGCUUGGAGUACAGAAUAAUUCGGAAAAUGUAUCUUCGGAUUUUUAUGCAGAAUUACUUUUAAAAAACAGAACUCCAAACGUUUCGUCGAAAAUAUCUGCAUUAGCUUCUGUCAAAAAGCUAGCAGAAAAUGCUACGGUUCCUGAAGAUGUUUACCAGAAGUACGAGCAGUUACGAUCUAGAAAUCUACGCGAAGUGGAUCCAUUAGUUUAUCUCCUCUCUAAUAUCGCUUCUGACGAGAAAACCAAGCGGUUACUCAAGAGAAGCAGUUAUAAAGGAAGCAAUCAAGCCAUUAUUAAUCAUUUAAUGACCUCUGGUGCUUUAACCGAAGGAGAUGUUCUGCAACUUCAAGAGAGAUUGCAGAGAGAAACCGUCGGAAGUAAGAAUAGAAUGGCGAAAGAAUCGUCUUUUCCGAAGCGUCCUGUGUCGUCCGGUUGUCCGCAUAUGCCGUCUUGGAUGGCGGAGAGACCGUACGUGUCGUGGGAUUUCAUUAUUCAUCCCAAACAAGAAAUGGACUGUCAGACUAUUGGACCUGUUGGUGCACUUCCAAUUAGUUCCCAGGAAGAUAGAUUAAUUGAAGAUCUGUUAUAUUGUUUAGGAGGAAUCGAAGGAAAUUAUAUUAAUCCUCAGCCGAUAAAUCAGGAAAAUGGCAUUAGAAAUUUUACCAUUGAUGAAACCGCGGAUCCUUCGAUUCGAGAAUUAGUUAAGCGAAUUCUUCCUGUAUGUUCUCAAUAUUCCACCGUAAUGUCGUUUAUUGAAGAAAAAUCUAAUUUCCAUUUUGGUUUAGUUAAUCAUGCCUUGGCAGCUGCCAUGCGUUAUCUUUUAAAAGAUUAUUUUAUACUCAUUGCUCAGUUAGAACAUCAGCAUCGCUUUAAAUCGUUAUCUCUUCAAAAACUAUGGUUUUAUAUUCAGCCAACAGUUCGAAAUAUGGAAGUAUUGGCAGCUAUUGCUAUUGCAAUUAAUAAAGGACAGUGUUCUGGAGGAAGUGUUUUGAGUAUAUUACAUGAAAGAAUAUCAACAUUAACUGGUGAUCCUAAAGCACAUGAUCUAUGUUUAUAUCUUACUCAAGCGGCUUCAGUUCCUUAUUUUGAAAUAGUAGAAAAAUGGAUUUAUAAAGGUAUCAUAUCAGAUCCAUAUUCAGAGUUUUUGGUUGAAGACAAUGAACUUAUCAAGAAAGAUGAAUUGCCUUUGGAUUACAGUGAUGAUUAUUGGGAAAAGAGAUACACUAUUCAACGAGACAGGAUUCCAAUAUUUUUGGAAAGAAUAACAGAUAAAAUUCUUAGUACUGGGAAAUAUUUGAAUGUUAUCAGACAAUGUGGUAAUGACAUAAAAUGUCCUCAUGCUGAAGGAAUAAUAUAUACAGUAACUGAAAGACAGUAUGUAGAAAGGAUUGAAACUGCUUAUAACUUUGCAAGUAAAAAGUUAUUAGAUCUUUUAAUGGAAGGAUCAGAUCUUUUAGGUAGAUUAAAAUCAGUCAAACAUUAUUUUCUCUUAGAUCAAGGUGAUUUUAUUGUACAAUUUAUGGAUAUGGCCGAAGAUGAAUUAGCAAAAGAUAUUGAUGAUAUCAUGCCAACACGUUUGGAGUCUCUGCUAGAGUUAGCUUUAAGAACAAGUGUUGUUAAUUCAGAUAAAUAUAAAGAUGAUGUAAAAGUUGAAUUACUUCCUUAUGAUCUUCUUUCUCAGAUGUUUAAAAUAUUAAGAAUAACAAGUAAUGAACAGAAAGAUUAUACAGGUAAUACUCAUGUAAUAUUAUCAGGAUUGGAAGCAUUUGCAUUUGAUUAUGAAGUUCAAUGGCCAUUAUCACUUGUUAUUAAUCGUAAAGCACUUGCUUGUUACCAAAUGUUGUUUCGUCAUCUGUUCUACUGUAAACAUGUUGAACGUCUCUUGGGAAAUGUGUGGACUCUGAACAAAGUUGCAAAAUGCUUCUCAGUAGAUGCUUCCUGUUCUUAUGCCUCAGCAUUUGCAUUAAGGCAACAUAUGCUGAAUUUUAUUCAAAACUUGGAAUAUUAUAUGAUGUUCGAAGUGAUUGAACCUAACUGGCAUACCUUUGUUAGUAAAAUACAAGAAGUCAGUAAUGUAGAUGAUGUACUAACUUGCCAUGGAGAUUUUCUAGAUAGUUGUCUUAAAGAUUGCAUGCUUACACAUCCAGAAGGUUUACAAACAAUUGUAAGAUUGUUAAAAUUAUGUGUAACAUUUGCAAAUUUUAUGCAUCAGACACAUCGAUAUGCUAUUGAAGCUGAAAUAUCGGCCAUGUUUGAUAGUACAUUGCCCACUGUACUUGAAGAAACCGAGCAAACAGUUAAAAAUACUAGUCCAAUUAGUGCACAAAUUAGCUUUCAGAAACAAAUUACGUCAUUUCAUACUGAUUUUGCAUCUUUGCUGUUUGAUCUCUUGGAAAUGAUAUCUGGUUGUGGGCAAGAUAAUUAUAAUGAUAAAAUGGUAAAUAUGUUAUACAGGCUUGAUUUCAAUGGCUUUUAUUCUAAAAAGCAAGAUAAAAAUGAAAUUAAUAAGAAGGAAACUCGAUCUACUACUUCAGUACAAAAAUAAUAUACUGCCAUUAAUUGUUGUGCUAGCUAUAUAACUCAGUAUGAUCAACGAUAAAUGUAUAUGAAUUUUAAUAUUUUAUUUAGUAAGAUCUUAAUUAUACAUAUGCCUUCAUAAAGAAACUAUGAAUAAAAAUUUAGUCAGACCGAGUAGCUAUGUUUUCAGUAAAAAUUUUGUUUCUUCACUUAUAUGAGUGAAAAUUCAUUUUUUUCUAAUUUUUCAAAGUAGUUAUUUUACAGUAAAUAAAAUAUUUUAAUAUUGAUGUUCUGUGAUAUAAACAGAAUUGAUCAAUUUAAGUCAACAACAAUUUCAUAACGACUUAAUAAAAACGGCUGAUGAAUCAUGAACAAAGAAAUUUUUUAUUUCUCAAACUAUUUUGAUGUAAAACCGAUCACAAUAUUGAGCUGUGAAUUUUUUGAAUAAAUUUUAUUCAUGACUUAAUCAACUGUUAUUUUGUAUAUACAAUGUAUUGUAUUGGAAAUAUAAGCAUAUAAUGUUUAAUUUAGUUUGUGCUGUUUGUAUUGUGAAUUGAAAUGCAAAUGUAAACAAAAAAAAUGUUGUGAUUUUGGUGUGUAUAACCCUUUCAGAUUCUUGUAUUUGUAUUUAUGCAAAUUUCAUCAAAUUAAUAAAAUCAUACAGAUUACAUUACUGUAAUUUUGUAAAUUAUUAAUCUAAACAUAAAUACAAUAUAAAGUAUAUGUUUAUUACUGAAUUACAAAUAACUUACAUACAGAGCCAAAUUUAUACAUAAGCUAAAAAAUCUGCAGCUUAGAGCUUCACUGUGUGAGAAUAAUGUAGGGUAUCACAUUUUGCAUAUACCGUGUUACUAUUUAGUUGAAGUUGACAAGUUCCUCAUAUACUUAUUGCCCAAGAAGUCUAAAUUCAAUCUUGCUUAUAUAACUAAAAUUAAUGAAGAAUUAAAAAAAUUUUUUAUGCACAUGAGGGGUUCAGGGGUAAAAGAUGCAAGUGCCAUUUCCUUUAAUAUGUUAUAAUGUGUGCUAACA